UCUCCAAAAACAUAUCGUCCUUUUAAGAACAUAACAUAACACUGGUUUUGAGAUCAAAGAGAUCGAAGCCAGUGAAUUAGAGCGAGCUAGCUAGGAACGCACGUAACACACCACAAUGAAUCAUCGACCUUUCCAAGACCCCAUGAUGCUCAUCUCUCAGCUAUACCCUGGCGAUGCAUAUACUCAAAUAAUAGCUCAACAAGGUGAGAAGAAGCCAAGACGUCGUCGUAAUAAGAAGAACAAAGGAGGAGAAAACAGUGCCUCGGAAGCCAACAAGAAGAGGAAGCUUAGUGUGGAGCAAGUUAAUUUGCUUGAGCAAAACUUUGGAAGUGAACAUAAACUCGAGUCAGAAAGGAAGGACAAGCUCGCAAUGGAGCUUGGUUUGGACCCUCGACAAGUUGCUGUGUGGUUUCAAAACAGAAGAGCUCGUUGGAAGAACAAAAAAUUGGAAGAAGAGUACUCUAGCCUUAAAAAAACUCAUGAAUCAACCUUGCUUGAGAAAUGUCGCCUUGAGAGUGAGGUGCUGAAACUCAAGGACCAACUUUCCGAAGCAGAAAAGGAGAUACAAAGGUUGCUACAGAGUGCUGAUAGAGUCCCCAGCAACAGUUCUAGUUCGUCACAGUCACAAUCAGUGGAAGCGUUGGACCCACCAUUUUUAGGGGAAUUUGGAGUUGAUGGAUAUGAUGAUGAUGUGUUUUACGUGCCUGAGACCCAUUAUAUCAACGGCAUGGAGUGGAUUAAUUUGUACAUGUAAACCAAUAGGAAUUUAGAAAUUUGUAGAUAAUGUGAAUGAUCCAAUGUAUAUUGUUCCUAGCUAGGUAGCUAAGCGUGUGUUUGUUUGACUAUGGUUUGAAAAGUAUCGAUUAACAUAAUAAUAAUUUGCAUUUUGACCCGAAA